CGCACUUCCGGGUGUUGUCUGCCCGCCGCCGCUGCUGCCGCCGCCGCGCGUCUCCGGUCUCCCGGCCGCAGCCGCCUCGGGUCCUGGAGCCAGGAGCGACGUCAGCGCCAUGGCCGGCAUCAAAGCUCUGAUUAGUUUGUCCUUUGGAGGAGCCAUUGGGCUGAUGUUUUUGAUGCUUGGCUGUGCCCUUCCAGUAUACAACCAAUACUGGCCCCUCUUUGUUCUGUUUUUUUACAUCCUUUCACCUAUUCCAUACUGCAUAGCAAGAAGGCUGGUGGAUGACACCGACGCUAUGAGCAAUGCUUGUAAGGAACUUGCCAUAUUUCUUACCACAGGCAUUGUUGUCUCCGCUUUUGGACUCCCUAUUGUAUUUGCCAGAGCACAUCUGAUUGAGUGGGGAGCUUGUGCACUUGUUCUCACAGGAAACACAGUCAUCUUUGCAACUAUACUGGGCUUUUUCUUGGUCUUUGGAAGCAAUGACGACUUCAGCUGGCAGCAGUGGUGAAAGGAGUUACUGAACUGUCGCCAAGUGGACUUGUUGUCAUUUGUUGGCCAUCCAUGCACACCGGAGAUGGGCGGUCAUGCUGAGUGGUAUAGCAAGCCUCCUGGGGGUAUUCGAGGUGCUCCCUUCUCACUUUUAUUGUAAGCAUACUAUUUUCACAGAGACUUGCUGAAGGAUUAAAAGGAUUUUCUCUUUUGAAAAAGCUUGACUGAUUUCACACUUAUCUAUAGUAUGCUUUUUGUGGUGUCCUGCUGAAUUUAAAUAUUUAUGUGUUUUCCCUGUUCAUUUUCUUUUUUUAAUCAAUAUGCAAUGUCAAACAUUUUUUCAAUGUAAUAACCAUCUGCAUUGGUUAGGAAUUGGAUUUCUGCUGGCUAUUACUGGGCUAAAAGACAUCUUUUCUCUUAAAAUUAUUUAACCUCCAUUAUUACAAAAAGUUAUGAAAAUAAGUUUUCAGUCAGUCAGGAUGACAUCACUCUUGAUUAUAUGCAGACUUGCAGGCCGUUGGCACACCUUAUAGACUAUGUACUCUUUGCAAAUCUAGCUGUAUCUAUACCUCAGAAGGGCCAAGUUCAUGCCCACGCCCUCCAUAAGGAUUGCUGGUUUUGCCUGUAAGCAGGUGUUUUGUGAAUUGAAAAUUAUUUUAUGGAAUUGCUACAAAGAAGUGCUUUUCUUCUCAGUUGUUAGAAGAAUUUAUUGUUAAAGGUAAGGAUGUAAAAAGAUUUUUGAGAUACGGUUUUUAUUUAUGUUUAUUAUAGUUAAAGUGAGUGAGUUGCAUUGUGGGGAGAAAUGACGUUGAAAUUCCAUUUUUUUGACGCCUGUUCUAUUUAUAAGUGAAAUUUUGAUUCUUCUAUCAGCCUUUCAUGUUUUACCGUGGGUAAAAUGGACAUACAUGGAACUACUGAUAAGGGAAGUUAUAUGUUUGCAUCAUAUAUACCAUAAAACCUUUCCCCGCUUCCUCCUUUUAACUUAUUUUAUAUGUUGUAUAUAUUAAGUAAAAAAACUUUUCAAAUAUAGUUUAAUAACAUUUUAAAUUAGAGGUGUUUAACUCACCCGGAAAGUCAUUGCUAUGGCAUACAUGCGGAGCGCCCCCUGCCCCACAAGGCCUUGCCAUGAUUAACAAGCAACUUGUUAGUCUUGCAGAUAAUUCAUGCAUUAACAAUUUAGGAUUUAGACCAUGCUAAUUGCAGUUUUUAUUCUCUAGGGUUAUAUCAUAUGUAAUUUAAAAAUAUUUAAGACAAGUUUCCUGUAUACCUCUCAACUAUUUUGAUUUUUUAUUUCCUCAUGAUAGAUCUGCUGUCUCUUUUCAAAUGGCAUUUAUUGUGUGUUUAAUGCAAAGUAGCCAAAUCCAGCUGUAUAGCAGCUUCAGACACAAACCUGACCAAAAAAUUCCCAGUGACCAGGCAUGACCAAAGUGUAGUGGUCAUUUGCAUCUCACAAUUAUCAGUACCUUUUUCAGGAGCUAGUUAUGAAAAUGUUCAAGUUGGUCUGACAGUAUUUUGUUAAGGAUAUUUGGAUGUUUGUUCAGUAUACUUACAUAAAAAUUGUUUUGCCUUCAGACAAAACUGAGUAAUCAUGACAACUGUCUUGUUGUUUUAUAAAGUUUAUUUCUCAAGAAAAUGGGAACAAAAUUUGGGUUUGUUCAGCUUUUUACUAAUGAUGCCUAAAGGCCACAGGUUUUAUUGCUAAACCGAAGUUGUUACUUUUAGCUGUGAGAUGGGAGGCAGAGUGGAAUAUCUGUCUGUGGCUGUCCCAUUUACACGUUAGGCUGAAGUUGGCUUGCAGUGUUACAAUGCUGUAGACCUAGAGAGGAAGGGACAGGCACACGUGUAUUAGCUGGCGAUACAGUUGGGAACUCAGUGCCUGUGAUCUACUCGAUUUUUUUUGCAGGAAGUGCAUUCUCUGGUCCUUCCCCAUUUUCUGUUCUAGAACAUCAGUGCAGUGCACUGCUACUGUUUUAUUCACUUGGCCAUAGACUCUUUUUCUAACAGCUGCAUAUUCUUUCUGUAUACUAACUGCAUUGGCAGCAUUGUGUCUUUGACCUUGCACACUAGCUUGACAUAGUGCUGUCUCUGAUUUCUAGGCUAGUUACUUGAAGUAUGAAUUUUCCAUAGAAUAUGCACUGAUAUUGCAUUGCCAUUCUUCUAUGGAAAGAAGACUUUUGAUGAUGAAACAAUAAAGAUUUUAAAUAUC